UGCCAACCUACCGAGUUCUCUUGUAGAUACGGACUUUGCAUUCCGCAGGAUCAGUUCUGCGACGAUAAGGAAGAUUGUUUUGACGGAUUCGACGAACAAGUUUGUGGUUAUUAUGAUGCAUGCCGAUCGGAUCAGUUUGAUUGUGGCUAUGGUCAGUGCAUCCCUGCCAGCAAGAGAUGCGAUGGAACACCUCAUUGUUUUACAAAGGCAGACGAAAACUGCGAAGUUGUUCAUUGUAGAGAGGAGGAAUUCGAAUGUAAAGUUCAGCGACAGUGUAUCAAUGGUUACCUCACCUGCGAUUCUCGUCCAGACUGCCGAGAUGGAUCGGACGAGUGGGAUUGCGCUGCUCCUGCUGUGCACGGCUGCCGUCCGGAUCAGUUCGUCUGUCACACGGAUGCCUCGUGCAUUGCAAGUGAGUUGAGGUGCAACUAUUACCCGGACUGCAAGGACGGAUCAGACGAGAGGGACUGUCUCCCCGCUCCGUGCAGCCCACCUAACAUGUACUUCAGCUGCUUGAACGGCCAGUGCAUCCACAUAUCCCAACAGUGCGACAAGCAGUUCCAGUGUGUCGACCAUUCAGACGAGGAAAAUUGCGGUAACAACUGCAGUAGUUCGCCGCGCAGUUUCCAGUGUGCCAGUGGCCAAUGUAUCCUGAGAGAUUACUAUUGCGAUGGAGAUUACGACUGUAAGGAUCGGAGUGACGAAAUCAAUUGCGGUUCUUCUGGAUGUCGCAAGGAUCAGUUCGCCUGCAGACUAGGCGGUGUCUGCAUCCCGUUAGGCUUCCAGUGCGACAAAACAGCUGACUGCAUAGACGGGUCUGACGAAGUCGGAUGCAGUUAG